AUGCAACAUGCUGCUGCGAGUGUCCUGAUGCUACUUGCAAUGACUAUCUACAACUGUGACUCGGCAAAUCUGAGGCUGCAGCUCUCGCAUGUGGACGCCGGCCGUGGACUCACCCACUGGGAGCUUCUGCGCCGCAUGGCGCAGCGCAGCAAGGCCCGGGCCACUCAUCUACUCUCUGCUCAAGCUCAAUCGGCCGGCCGUGGCCGCUCGGCGAGCGCCCCCGUGAACCCGGGAGCCUACGACGAUGCGACAUCGCCUGGACCCAGUGCAAGCGCUGCCCGGCCUCCGCUUGCUUCAACCAGACCCUUCUCUCUUCGACCCCUCCGCUUCGUGUCCUUCGCUAGCGAGAGCGAGACUACUCCUCCCUGCGGCGGCGGCGGCAACGACGCUACUAGCUGGGCCUGCAACUACAGCAUAUCCUACGGCGACGGCUCGGUGACACGAGGCGAGCUCGGCCGCGAGGUCUUCACGUUCGCGUCCGGCGCCGGCGAGGGAUCAUCGGCUGCAGUGCCUGGCCUGGUAUUCGGCUGUGGGCACGCGAACAGAGGGGUCUUCACCUCAAACGAGACCGGCAUCGCUGGCUUCGGCCGCGGGAGCUUGUCCCUGCCGUCGCAGCUCAAGGUGGGGAACUUCUCCCACUGCUUCACCACCAUAACCGGAUCGAAAACGAGCGCUGUCCUGCUCGGCUUGCCUGCCAAUCUCUACAGCAACGGCCGUGGGCGUGGCGCCGCCGUCGUCCAGACCACCCCUCUAACCCACAACUCUCGCCAUCCAACCUUAUAAUACCUGUCGCUCAAGGGCAUCACCGUUGGGUCGUCGAAGAGGCAGCUACCGGUGCCGGAGCACGCCGCGAUCAUCGAAUCCGGCACGUCCAUCACUUCGCUGCCGCCGCGCACCUACCGGGCCGUCCGCGAAGAGUUCGCCGCGCAGGUGAAGCUUCCCGUGGUGCCCGGCAACGCCACGGAUCCCUUCACCUGCUUCUCCGCGCCGCUGCGGGGGCCGAAGCCGGACGUGCCGACGAUGGCGCUGCACUUUGAGGGCGCGACGAUGCGCCUGCCCCAGGAGAACUACGUGUUCGAGGUUGUCGACGACGACGACGCGGGUAAUAGUAGCCGCAUCAUCUGCCUUGCUGUUAUUGAAGGCGGCGAGAUCAUAUUAGGCAACUUCCAGCAGCAGAACAUGCACGUACUCUACGAUCUGCAGAACAGCAAGCUGUCCUUCGUCCCUGCUCAGUGCGACCAACUUUAGACUCGCAUCAUCGCCCUAGCCACGAUCGAGCCCACGACAUCCGUACAUCGUCCGUGCUCAAUGCGAUAAACUUUAUAGUCGCGUCAGUCAUCACCCCCUAGUGUGGCCACGAUGUGUUUGCCAUCUAUGUUUUGUUUCACUUACUAAUCUACGUGUUAACUUGUUAUAUAUAGCUGAAUAAUUUGGUGCCAUACUUAGUUUACACCGUGUAAAAUCCUUCUCUUUUACCUUGAGGACGGUCAGGACCCAAGGUCAUAUAACACGAGGCAAUUAGCAGUUCAAUCUAUAUAUGCACGUAUCGUGCUGCUAUCUGUAU